AUCUCAUGCAUGCUAAUGUUUUCUCUAAUUAGAGUAAUAUUGAAUUGUUUCCUUUUCAUUCACUGGUCUCCUUGAAUUAAUUUGGUUUUAGGUAUAUGAAUGACUUUACCCCACCCCAGUUUUCAGCCUCUCAGCACUAAAUCUCUCUGGCCUCAGUGAGAAUCCUCAUCUACUUUUACCCACAAGAAUGGGCAUGAGUGGAACACACUUCUACUUCCAUUCCUAGCUCCAUCUCUUCAGGCUUUGCCCCCUCCACCAUACCUCCUGUCCUGUCUGCUCUUCUCUUUCUAAGAGGACAGGGCCACCUCCUCAGUCUUCCUCCUCUCAGGCCUGUCUGCAGCCUUUGAUACUUUUGGCCCACUCUCUCCUCCUGGAUAUUCUGUUCCUUCUUGGUUUUUAGGACAUGGCUCUCGCUCUCUCCUGGCUUAGCUCCUACCUUUCUGACCUGUGAUUCUCUGUCUUUUCUGGCUCCUACUCGAGAUCUGGUAACAGCAGGGAUACAGUUAGGGUGAUGGAGCUCCCCCAGCCCUGUCUUUGGCCCUAUACUCUUUCUUUACUUGAUUUUCCCAUCAGCUACCAGGGUGCCAUCACCAUCUCGGUGUGUCCAAAGCAGACAUUGUUCUCUCUCACCUAUACAGAACCCCCCACCCUCUCCAUAGCGCAGUCUGGAAGCCCUCCUUGACUCCUCCCUGUCCUUUACCCACCUAUCCAAUAUGGCACCUUCACUUUCUCCUUUGGAACAUCUCUCCAAUCCUCCCCUUCUGUCCUGUGUCACUGCCAUCCUCCCGCUGGAGGCCCCCAUCGCCCUCCCUCCUGGACUAUAAAGACAGGCUGCUGCUGACUCUGUCUGCCACAAGGCUCUCCCCACUCCAAGGCCUCCUCCAUUCAGCCACUAGGGUGAUUUUCCUACAACUCAGUUCUGAUUGUGUCACUCCUCUACCCCGUAUACCCCUGUGGCUCCCUAUUCCCUCCAGGAUCAUAUGCAAAACAUUCUGAUUGAUAUUCAAAGCCCUUCUUUCCAGUCUUCUUCUGUGUUAAUCUCCAAUCUGUAAUCUUGGAUCCAGGGACAGUGGCCUCCUGCAUUCCUUCAAGUGCAGACUUUUAAAAAGUCCCUUCCCUUCUGUCUUAGAAUUGAUGCUCAGCAUCUGUUGCAAGGCAGAAGAUGGCUUAGAGGUGGGCAGUUGGGGAUAAGUGGCUUCCCCAAGGUCACAUAGGUAGGAAGUAUCUGAGGUCAGAUUCGAACCCAGGACCUCCCAUUCCAGUUCUCUAUUCACAGUCACCUAACUGCCCCCAAAUGGAAACAUUUAUUGUUAACCCAGAUCUUCCAUCUCAGAACCAAUUCUGUGAUAGAAGAGGGACAAGGGAUAGGCAGUCAGGGCUAAGCUAAGAUGCCCAGGAUCGUGCAGCUAGGCAGUGUCUCAGGUCACAUUGGAACCCAGGUCCUCCUGCCUCCAGAUCUGGCACCCUGUCUACUACGGGGCCUGGCUGCCUCUGACUUCAGGAGUUUUUGAUGGCUUUACCUCAUGCCUGGAAUAUUUUCUCUCCACAGUUAGGCACACUGACUCCUUUGAGCUUCCUGUAAGUCCCAACUAAAAAGGUUCUACAGGAAAACCCUCCCUCAUCCCUCUUAGUCAGAGAGCCUUCAUUCUUUUCAUUCUUCCCCAUUUCUCCUAGACAGAGCUUGCUGGGUGUCCAUCUUUGUCUGUAUAUUGACUCCUUCCAUCACUUGAUUGUAAGCUCCUUGAGGACAAGGAUUGCUUUUUGCCUGUUGGGGAAUGCCCAGAGCUUGGUACAGGGCCUGGGGCAGAACAAGUGCUGAACGUAGAGGGAUUAGAGUAAAACAUUUCUGGUCCUUGAGAUGCCCUGGGCAUGUCCCGUCUUCUCUGUAUACACCUGCUCUUCUCCCCUGUGGUCCUGCAGUCCACCCCAAGAAGCAUCCUCCUGGAGGAGAUGGGAUGCCACAAGAUUCUUCCCAUAAUCCCCUCUCUUUGUCUUCUAGCCUAAGGGCUUUCCUCUCUUUCUCCAGCUGUAGUUGUUAAAGGAAGCCUUUUUCUUUUCUCUCUGAUGUUCCUCUGCUGCCACUGCUGGCUUCAGGUAUUCACUCCUGCUUUCUGCUGCUCGGGGUCUUCAAGAAGCAAAUGAUCUCUUCCCUUCAAGUUUUCUUUCUCAAUAUAUUUCAGACUUCGCUUCAUUAGUGGACAUAUGCUGUUCUGUCCAGUAUUGUGUCUUUCUGCAGCCAGAUCUGGGGAGGGAAAGAGAGAGAGGCCAUUCUAGCCAGGAGGGACGGCCAGAGGAAGUUCCUGGGAGCCAAGAGGUGGAGGUCCCUGUUCUUGGAACAUCCAGGCUCGUAUUGGUAGCUUCUGGAGUAUGUAUCAGGGAGGAAGGUGUAAGAGGGCUGCCAGGGUAGGAGGAGGAGAGGCCAUGUGGGCCUUCUGAGGCCAAAGACAAUUCGGUGUUUGGAAGUGUAGGGGAUCAAAUCAGGAGCUUGACAAAGACAGGAGAGCAGCUUAACCCAUUUGUUUUCAUUGAGGAACAGAGACAGACAGAGAAAGAGAGAGAUUUAACCAUUUACCCUGGUACGACUUAAAACCUACCUCAAUCUUCUUCUAUCAACCUAAAAACGACGUAGAAAUUGUCCUUUGAGAGAAUCUCACUACUAACUCUUCAGCCUCCCUAACCAGGCCUAAUCUACACUCUAUAUAUCUAUUCUAACUAAAUCACGCAACAAUGGACAACUCCCCAUCCCCACUCUCCCCAGCAGUCACCAGUCACUGCCUGCAGGCCUCUCCCCUCAGGAAACCUUAGAACAAAAGGCCCCUUCUCACACAUCCUGCUUGCUUUGACCUCUCCCUGGCCAGCUGCCCUUAUUACAUCACUUCCUCCUUGAGAGCAGUUUCUCUUUCCUUUUCCUGUGGGCUGGUCUCCAUGGUAACAGAACCUCUUCUCUCUGGGCCUGGCUCUCUGUCCACUGAGCCAGUCACCUCUUUCUUCAGUUAAGUUACUACAAGGGAUUAAGAAUUCCCUUUUAUACUCCUGAGGGCAGGCCUGGCCCUGGGUGACUCCUUUGGCCCCUCAUCCUGUAUAGACCCUGUGGGGCAGCCUCUUCUCUGGGAAGAGGAGGGGAAACCUCUCCCCAGCUCUGGGUGCAGAGGCCCAGGGAGCCUGGAGUCCCAGGGAUGGCCUUGGAGAGGGACAGACUCCGAGCCCCGAUCUUUCUCUUGAAGGUGCUGACCUUCCAGGAUGUGGCUGUGGACUUCACGAGAGAGGAGUGGCGCCUCUUGUCCCCUGCCCAGAAGGAGCUAUAUAGGGAGGUGAUGCUGGAGAAUGCCUGGAACCUGCUCUCUGUAGGGCUUCCAGCUCCCCCAGAAGAUGUGCUUUCUUGUUUGGAGCAGAGGGAAGGUCCAUGGAUGCUGGAGCAAGAAGGCCUGAGGAGCUUCAGCCCAGAAGGAGAGAUCAGACGAGAAAUGAAGGCAACUCCAACAGAGAUGAGCCCUUCUGUGGAAGAAACAGACCAGCAAAGACCCAUGACUGAUAUUCCAAAUAAUGUGGCUUGGAGAGAAUUCUGUGUGGAAUCUCAAAAUUCCUCCCAUGCUGAACAUCAAAAAUUAAACUCUGAGGAAAAGUCUAGUGAAUGGAAGCAAUGUGGAAAAACAUUCAGACAGAGACACAAACUUACUAUAUAUCAGAGAAUCCACACUGGCAAGAAACCUUAUGAAUGCAAUCAUUGUGGAAAGACAUUCAAUCACAGAUCCAGUCUGGUUGUACAUCAGAGAAUCCACACUGGGGAGAAACCUUAUGAAUGUAAGCAGUGUGGAAAGACAUUCAGAGAGAGACAGAAACUUGCUAUACAUCAGAGAAUCCACACUGGGGAGAAACCUUAUGAAUGCAAGCAAUGUGGAAAGGCAUUCAAUCACAGAUCCAGUCUGGUUGUACAUCAGAGAAUCCACACUGGGGAGAAACCUUAUGAAUGUAAGCAGUGUGGAAAGACAUUCAGACAGAGACACAAACUUGCUAUACAUCAGAGAAUCCACACUGGGGAGGAACCUUAUGAAUGCAAGCUAUGUGGAAAGACAUUCAGACAGAGACACAAACUUGCUAUACAUCAGAGAACCCACACUGGGGAGGAACCUUAUGAAUGCAAGCUAUGUGGAAAGACAUUCAGACAGAAAAACAAACUUGCUAUACAUCAGAGAAUCCACACUGGGGAGAAAUCUUAUGAAUGCAAGCAAUGUGGAAAGACAUUCAAUCACAGAUCAAGUCUGGCUGUACAUCAGAGAAUCCACACUGGGGAGAAACCUUAUGAAUGCAAGCAGUGUGGAAAGACAUUCAGUCAUAAUUCUAGUCUUGCUCGGCAUCAGAGAAUUCACACUGGAGAGAAACCUUAUGAAUGCAAACAAUGUGGAAAGACAUUCUAUCACAACUCCAGUCUGCCUCAACAUCAGAGAAUCCACACUGGAGAGAAACCUUAUGAAUGCAAACAAUGUGGAAAGACAUUCAAUCACAACUCCAGUCUGGCUCAACAUCAGAGAAUCCACACUGGAGAGAAACCUUAUGAAUGCAAGCAAUGUGGAAAGACAUUCAAUCACAGAUCCAGUCUGGCUGUACAUCAGAGAAUCCAUACUGGGGAGAAACCUUAUGAAUGCAAGCGAUGUGGGAAGACAUUCAGCCAGAGAUCCCAUCUUGUUAAACAUCUAAGAAUACACACUGGAGGGAAAUCUUAUGAAUGCAAUCAGUUUGGAAAGAGAUUCACAGAGAACUCCAAUGGAGAAAUAUAACAAACUACAUCAUGAAUUAUUUUUAUUAUCUACUAUUCAAAACCAUUUGUACAAACAAAACAAAUACACCCAAGGGUAAAAGGGGGAAACAAGGAGUUACCAUUUGCUUUAAAACAAGAUGUCUAAUUGUGUGAAGGGAACUCUUUUGGGAUCACACAUGCAGUCUUACCUGCAUCCCUAUGAUCCUAGUGACAUAAUCUAGUGUGGGUAAUGUGACUGAAUUUGAAUAGGAUGAAAUUGGCAGGGACCCAUAAGGGAGAGGGAGGGGAAAAGGUUGAAGACAAGGAAGUAGGGGCUCUUUUUGGAGGAACUGGCAAAGAGGAAGGUGGCUGAGGGAGCCAUGUGAUUUCCCACAUUCCUAAAAGUCCUUUCUCUUUAAUUCUCUGCCUCUGCCUAUCCAAGCAAAUUCUAAUAAAAUUUAGGAAAAAUAAGGACGGUAGGACUAGUUUUAGUUCUUAUAUUAUGGAGACCACUCUGGAGAGGAGUCUACUUCUCUUUACACUUUUAGAGGAGUUUAAAAUAGACACUAGGGUGGAUUAGUUCAGGACACCAUCCACCACCCACUACCUGCCUCCUACUCAACCAAAAAAGGCCACAACUGCCACUGAUCUCAGGCUUGGUCAGAUAAAAUCUUUUGUUUUUCUAAAGGGGAUAAUCAUCCUUACUGGAGCCAGUUGCAAGCUCCGAGGUAGUCCCAGCUUUAGCUUAUAUGGGGGUGGAUGUUGGAGUGAAUAGCAGGCAAGAUUUCCCCCACCCUGGUAUCAGCAUCUUGGUGUAGCUACAGUCAGUGUGCUCAGAGUAGGGUUGAUCUAAAGUGCCCCCUUGAGCAGCAGGGAUCCCUGUGGAGCUGGAACCUAAUUCAGCCUCUUGCUAAGCACCUCCUUAUAGAGUAUCUCAAGUGGAAAUAAGUGCAAGGGGGGAAGGGAGUUGUUUAUUAAAAAGUUUGGACUAGAUUAUAUUUUUUUAAAGGGUCACCAGGAAUUUUAAUUUAUUCCAAAGAGAUUUAUUUACAAAAUAUAGAAAGAAUGAAGUAGGAAAUCAGAGAAGAUAGGGUAAGCUAUCUAGCCUAAGCACCAAGUAAUUUGCUCCCAACCCCUGGUUCAACCUGGGUAGGGAGUUAGUGUCAACUAGCCUUGGCAAAGCCAAAAACCUGGGGGAAACUCUCAAGAGGUAGGUCUCUUCUGAGACUAGCCUCUUCAGAAAAAUCCAGGAAAGAGUCAGCUCUUUUCACUCACCAUGUGUCAGUCUAGAGGAAGAGAUUUAAGAACAGACUCACCAGGAAUAGGGUCUCGGGUCCAGUCAGCAGAUUCUCCACCAGCCUCCACUCCAAAGGAUGAACUCCAAGUUGAAUUGACUCAGGAAGUUAUAACUCCCUUUUAAAGACACUUUCUUUUGCAUCACUUCCUCUGCCUUCCCCUAAUUUUUACAUCUACUAAUCACAGUUGAAGCUUUGCUUUAAGACUGCCCAGGGGCAGUUAGUUUAAUUCUGAUUUGUCACCCUCUAUUGCACAUGUGGGUCACAGACCUCCCCCACUCAAGUGUGAAUGGAGUGUUUACACCUUUGGCGAUUAAAUCUAAAAAUGGGCAGAUCUCCCCACUCAACUUUUAAGUAGGGUCUUUUUUUUUGGUGAUUAAAUCUAAAAAUGGUCAGGGGUUACAAUUUAAUCUUCACAACCAUAAGGGUCCCUGGUCCCUACCCACACUAUCCACCACCCUGAGAUGGUAGCUUCCAAGCCCUGCAACAACCACCAAGCCCAGUUCACCCACCUUUUUCUAGCCCAGGGGUCUUCCAGGCUCCCAGCUGUGAGGGUGGGGGCUAGAACCCCAGCCUGUACCAGGGAUCUCUUCCUCCACCCUCUGGACCCAGACAUUAGACUUCUAUAGAUUCCCAGCAUUGGUUGAGGCUCCCUACUCCCAGCUGUAUGUAAAGGUGCACAGCAUACACUGAAUGCCAGGGCAAUGCCACCAAGAGAGCAAAACACUGCAGGCAAUACACAUGAUGUAUGUGUAUUGGAGACAAUGCAAUUAAAUAUAAUUAUAUAAAUUAAACCAAUUUGAAUAAAAGUAAUUUUUAAAAAUUUUGAAUUAAAUAAAAUCUUAAGGGGUAUAGUGA